CAGGCUCUUUAAAGAAACUACAAGGAGUAAAAUAUGGUCUCUUUAAUAUUGGUUUAUCCCAUUGUAAUAUAAUUUACCAAAACCAAUGCCUUGUAUAGAGUUAUGGGAGCCAUGAAUAUUCAAUUUGACAUUAAGGACUUUCAAGAAAAGCUAUCUUCUUGUAUCAGACCUUGGCAACGUUCUUUCCAGUUUUGGGUUCGUGUUUCAGAUAUCUAUACUGGUUAUAAGGUGUUUCAAUUGAGAGUUGGCUUUGAAAAAGAUGUGCAAAAACAAGAAGCACUGUGGGAGAGGCAGCAUGAGUUUGCAGCUGAGAAAAUAUAUAAUAUGUGCUCUGACCUUGGUGGCUUCUUCCUAAAGGUUGCUCAAAUCAUUGGGAAACCAGACUUGGCUCCAGCUGCAUGGGUGAGGAGGUUAGUUACUCUGUGCGAUCAAGCACCUGCUACGCCGUAUAAUAUUGUCAGGGUUGUGCUGGAGAAGGAAUUGGGUCGAAAUGUUGAUGAAUUGUUUGAAAGAUUUGACGUUGAUCCUCUGGGUUCUGCUUCUAUUGCACAGGUUCACAGAGCGAGGCUCAAAGGUGACAAAAAAGAUAUUGUUGUCAAGGUGCAACACCCUGGGGUCCAGGAAUUGAUGAUGACGGAUAUCCACAACUUGCAAGCUUUCGCACUAUACUUGCAGAAGAUGGAUAUAAAAUUUGAUCUUUACUCUUUAACAAAGGAAAUUGAGAAACAGAUUGGGUGUGAAUUCAACUUUUUGAGAGAGGCUGACGCAAUGGAUAGAUUUCGGCGUUUUCUCUACGAAAAUAACAAAAAGUCCCCAGUUAUUGUUCCCCGGGUGCUUCGAGAUAUUGUCACAAGGAGGGUCCUAAUGAUGGAAUAUAUUGAUGGAACCCCGAUCGUGAAGCUGGGAGAUGAAAUGGCGAAGAGAGGCAUAAGUCCAGAUGGUAAAGUUGCAGCAGUGGCAAAGCAGAACAUUCUUAAAAGUUUGUCCCUGGCUUAUGGACAGAUGAUACUCAGGAGCGGUUUCUUUCAUGCAGAUCCACACCCUGGCAAUAUUCUAAUCUGUAGAGGUGCUGAGGUUGCAUUGCUGGAUUAUGGACAAGUUAAGGAUCUUCCAGAAAAUCUCAGGCUUGGUUAUGCUAAUCUCGUUCUUGCUAUUGCGGAUGGCGAUGCUACGAGGGCCAAAGAAAGCUUUAAGGAGCUUGGCCUAAACACCCUGAGCAAUUGUGAGGACGAGCAGAAAGAAAGGCUUAAAUUGGCGCAAGGGAUGUUUGAUACAAAAUUGCCACCUGGUGUAAAGACCCUGCAACCUUUCUCAGAAGAAUCUUCGGUCAAAAAAAUUGCAGUUGAGGCUUUUCCAGAAGAACUUUUCUCUGUUCUUCGAACUCUGCAAUUACUGAGAGGGCUUAGUGUUGGUCUGGGAAUAAGUCAUUCGUGUGCUGAACAGUGGAGACCUAUCGCUGAGGAAGCUUUGUACGAUGCUGGCAGAUUGACAGCUAAAGAUAUGAAGCGAUCACGUGGACAUAAAACUAGAAGAAAGCCUGGAAAAUAACAUUUAACUAUGGAGGGGAGCUAGUAUGAGUCAAAUUGGAGAUGGUCAUGUUGCUAAUGUUUUGGAGAAAGAGCUUUUCAUUUCUAUUCAUUUGCAUUUGUAGCAAAGGUUUUCAGGACAAAGUGCAAUUGAUUUCAUAAAACACUUCAUAUCUUGUACUUUUUUUUUCCAGCGGCCUUAGAACAAAAUCUGCACAACAUGGCCUGUAAUCAGUUGAUAAUUGCCAAAACAGGUAAAAGAGAUGUUUUGAUUGGCCUUGACACACAUCAAAACAUGUCAUUACUUUCAUUUUCUUACCAUAAGGUCCUUGUAUUUGAUGUUUAGUAAAAGUGAUGGUUGGGCUAGCUUGCACGCA